AUGGGUGUACGAAAGUUGUUGGCAGGUUUAUCACGGAAUGUACUGAUACCGUAUGGUCUUUCAAAUUCAAGAGAAAGUAGUACUUCGCCAUCUGAUUCUAAUGCAACAUUGAGAAAGAAGGAACCUAAAGAUUCGAAAAGUAGGAAUGCAAAUAUCGAAAAAAUAUUAACACAUGGGAGUAAGAAUGUGAAAAUAGUGACCCUUUUAGGGUCAUUUUUCAUAAUUUUAAUCACAUUGGUUACUUUAUUUCGUCCAUUUUCUGGAGCUGAUUUACCGCAAUGCCAGGGCAUUUACAUGUACCCGUCAUAUGCCAGAAUUGAUGGAUUUGAUACAAGAUACACUCCCCUAGCCAAAAAAUACCAUCUAUACUUAUACAGAGAGCAAGGGAAAGAUAAAAUACCAGCGAAUAAUACACAUAUAAAAUUGGAUGGGAUUCCGGUAUUGUUUAUUCCCGGUAAUGCAGGAAGUUUUCGUCAAGUGAGGUCAAUCGCGUCAGCAUGUGCUAAUAAAUAUUUUGAUUCACCAAAUGAGAUUAUGAAAGAAAACGCAAAAAAUCUAGACUUCUUUGCAGCUGAUUUUAAUGAAGAUUAUACCGCAUUCCAUGGAGGUACCAUGCUUGAUCAAGCAGAGUAUUUGAAUGAUGCAAUACGAUACAUCUUGGAACUUUAUGAACAAACAAAUGGAUUUGACGGAAGACCAAUUCCUAAAUCUGUUUUGAUAUUGGGACACUCUAUGGGAGGUAUGGUGGCUCGUGUAAUGCCAACGUUACGAAACCAUAUCCAUGGUUCUAUAAAUUCUAUAAUAACUUUAUCAACACCUCAUGGUGCCGCUCCCGUUACAUUUGAUGGAGAUAUUUUGAAGAUUUACAAAAAGACCAAUGAUUAUUGGAGAGCUCAAUAUGCUGAUAAAGAUUCCUUUUUCUCUAAACAUGUUUCAUUAAUCUCAAUCACUGGAGGCAUACUAGAUACUGUUUUACCUGCCGAUUAUGCAAUGGUGUCUGAUCUAAUUCCGCCCGAAAAUGGGUUUACAACAUUCACAACAACUAUUCCGGGUGUAUGGACACCCAUCGACCAUUUAGCAAUUGUUUGGUGUAAGCAACUAAGAGAAGUCAUUGCCACUUUGUUAUUAGAAACUGUCGAUGAUUCUGUGCCUGAUAAAACUGUUUCUCUUGAAGAAAGAAUGCAUAUCUCUAAAAAAUUAUUGUUAUCCGGUUUUGAAGAUUACUCCAUGAAUGAAAAGGCAAUUUUGAAUCCAAGUACUUAUGGUAAAAUCAUGGAUACAGAUUUUUCUAUGGGUAUGAACUUGAUUAACCUCGAUGAUCAAUUUACCAUAACUAAAGAAAACAUAGAUUCAACCGAGGCAUAUUCAAAGAUAUUCAUACCUACUGAAGGUGAUAACUUUUCGUUUACUCUAUUAACUUCAUUGGCAAAUCCGAAGGUACGUUUCUGUAAAGAGCACGUUAUAAUAAAGAAUAUAAAGGAUCUCAAAUGUGCCAGUAUUACCGAUGAUAUAUCUGUAAUUCCAAAUUCCUUUUCUAUUAACAGCUAUGCGGCGGAUUCCUCUUUUGCCAAUGAGCAAUCUCCUUUCAAAAUGUUAUCUUAUGACAAAGACAUUUUAAGUCAAUACGACUUUAUAAUAAUUGAGAAACCAAACGAACUGGAUGAUGAUUCAGAUUUCUUGACGGCUAUUUUGACAAUGGCUCCUACGAGUAGAACUAUCCCUAUCAAACCACGGAACGUUAUGUUCUUCGGUCAUACCAUAUCAUUAAACACCAAUACAUUAGCUGUAGAGGAAUUAGAGUUGCCAGAACUUUGGGAUUCUUUGAUCUCUUAUAAGAUUCAAGCAUCAGUUGAAAAUACCAAAGAAAAACCCUUACUUUUCGAACCACUUAUUCGUCAAUCUGUAGAUGAGCCCUUUGAAACAAAAUGGCAUCUGGGUCUUGGUAAGGACGAUAUCGACGUCAGUGUUCACAAUGUGGCGCCAUUUAUUCCACUAAAUGAAACCAAACCUAGACCAAUAAGACUUUCCGUCAUUAUGCCACCAAAUAUAAAUGUACAUUUGAAACUAAAAAUUAAUUGGCUAUUAACUAUCAAACUGCUUUUCAUAAGAUAUAGAUUGGCCAUUGCAUCUUUUCCGAUCUUCAUCAUUGCAUUGGCAAUGGCUUAUCAAUUUCAUCACUAUAAUGAGACAGCUAUCUUUCUCAGUUUUCAUUCAUCCUUAAGUUACAUUAUUCAAGAAUGGGGUUUCUUUCUUUUAUUUGUGCUUUUCAUAUUAAGUCCCAUUGUAAAUAAUCGAACCGUUCAAAGAAUUUUGUAUUUAUUAGAUCCUCUAAAGUUAAAUCGUCCAUUUUUGUUAGAAAAAGAACAUAUUCAUGCAAACUUUUAUUAUUUGGGUAUCCAGGAAUGGUUUGCUUCUGGAUUAGGCACUAUAUUUGGCCUCAUGUCCUUUGCGUUAUUGUAUGUUUUAGCUGCUGGAUUAGCGUUGAUCGAGAAAAGUGUUCACUAUUUUAGUAAAAAUCGCCCUGAAGGAUUGGUAGAAGCUACUACUCCUAACUGCCCACCUAUGGAUACAAAAUUGUUUCAAAAGAAACAUAUCAUUCCUGGUAUUCUGCUGAAUAUUAUGGUGAUAUCCUACAUACCUUACCAGCUGGCAUUUAUAAUGCUAUUUUUGGCACAGGUUGUCAUCUGUAUUAAAAUUGGAUAUAUGAAGAAAUGUAGGGACUAUGCCAAUAUCCGUAACUAUAACAUGUCAAUACUGGUUUUAUUUUUGUUUGUUUCCAUUAUUGACGCACCUAUCAUCAUUGUAUUUUUACAUAAUGUAGGUAUUAGAUGGGAAACUUCAUUUAGAUCGCAUCAUAAUAUUUUAUCGGUCACACCAAUCAUACUGCUAGUUUGUUCCAAUGCAAACUUGAAUAUUCCUAGUCGUGUCUCAUCUAACUCAUUUGAUGGCAAAGUCACGAUCGCAUUACUGCUUUAUUCUGGUAUCUUCAGUUUGAUAUACGGCCUGAGGAAUUUAUACUGGGUUCAUGAUCUACUAAACAUAAUAUCUGCAUGGCUAUUUUAUAGUAUAUUAAGAAAUAGACUUAUGCAGAAUAAGCCCAAAGAACUAACCAAUGAUACUGAUAAUAGUACUUAUGAAAUGAACAGAUUAAGUGAUUAG